AUGGAUGUACACAAACACAUGCUUGCAAUAGCACUUUCGCUUGGCAUGCUAGGACUGAGCAUUGCACGUGCAUUUUUCAGAAGGCAUUCCAUAAAAGACAAGCAUGUUCUGAUUGUUGGGGGAAGUAGCGGGCUUGGGCUUGCCUUUGCAAAGAUACUGAAGAAGGCAGGCAAUACAGUUACAAUAACAUCGCGAAGCAUCGAGAAGCUUGCUGCGCUGGAGAAAGAGUGGGGAUUCAGGACCAAGAUGAUGGAUGUCGGCUGCAUAGGCACAUGCCUUGACUCCACGGCAUACGAAUACAUAUUCUGUUGUGCAGGGAUUGCACAUCCAUCAUAUUUCAUCGACCAACCGUUUGAUCGUUUUCAAGAAUCUAUCAGCACAAACUACCUGGGCACUGUUGCAGUUCUGAGUCAUUAUGCCAGAGUCAACAAAAGGCCGUUUGCGUUCAUCAUGGUAAGCUCCACUUUGUCGCUGUUUACAUUUCCUGGAUUCGGAUCGUAUUCGCCAUCCAAAGCUGCACUCGUGUCUCUGUUUUACACUGUUCGGGAUGAAAUGGAAAAACUGGGCAUCUAUCUUUACAUAUACAACACAGCAUCCAUUCUGACGCCUGGAUACAUCAGAGAAAAUGCAACAAAGCCGUCUUACACAAGGUCAAUCGAGGAAAUGUCGGUUCCGUGUUCUGCAGAGCAGAGAGCCAUGACGUUCCUGAAUGCCAUGCACACAAGAAGGGCUGUUCCAUCAGAUACAUUCACAUAUCUAUGCCAGAUCAGGCACGACUGCGAAUGCAUGAUUGACUACCUUCUCUUUCCAGUUGCUGUAGUCGUGGUUUGUGCAUCAAAAGCAUUUUGUAAAUGGAGAUUCAGAAGAGUAUAA